AUGCAUCCGCACCGGAGGCGUCUCCCGCCGACGACGCUCCGUACACUCACUAUUGACUCCACCGCCGCCGUCAUGGUUCCAGAAGCCGUGGUACUCAUCCGCCGGUUCCUCUUGUUUGUGGCGGUUUGCCUCUCGUGCUUGCUCCUCUACAACGACUCCAAUGCCCUGCGCUUUCUCCCUCGCUUCUCUUCGUCUCCCUCUGUUCUCUUCUCCGCCAACAAUUCCCCUCUCGUUAGCGGGGAACAUCGGCUUCAAAAGGUUUUAAAGGAUGCUGCCAUGGAAGACGGAACUGUGAUUUUAACAACUUUGAAUGAAGCAUGGGCAGCUCCCAAUUCAAUCAUCGAUCUCUUCCUCGAGAGCUUUAAGAUUGGAGUUGGCACCCACAGGCUCCUGAACCAUUUGGUGAUCAUUGCCUUGGAUCAAAAGGCAUUUCAGCGUUGUUUGGAGCUGCAUAACCAUUGUUUUGCUCUUAUCACUCAAGGGGUUGAUUUUCGUCGAGAGGCUUAUUUUAUGACCCCUCACUACUUGAAGAUGAUGUGGGCAAGGAUUGAUUUUCUGCGCUCUGUUCUUGAGAUGGGCUACAAUUUUGUAUUCACGGAUGCUGAUGUUAUGUGGUUUAGGGAUCCAUUUCCACAGUUUUAUAUAGAUGCUGAUUUCCAGAUCGCAUGUGACCAUUUCCUAGGCAGCUCAGAUGAUUUAGAGAACAAACCCAACGGAGGGUUUAACUAUGUAAAGUCCAAUAACAGGUCAAUAGAGUUCUACAAAUUUUGGUAUUCCUCACGGGAAACCUACCCUGGAUUUCAUGAUCAGGAUGUCCUCAAUAUAAUCAAGUUUCAUCCUUCCACCUUAACUAUUGGACUGAGAAUGAAAUUUUUGGAUACUGCUUACUUUGGUGGAUUUUGUGAACCUAGUAAAGAUUUGAAUCAAGUUUGUACAAUGCAUGCAAAUUGUUGCUAUGGUCUAGAUAGCAAGCUUCAUGACCUUCGAAUCAUGGUUCAGAAUUGGAAGCAGUUUAUGUCCCUGCGACCAAAUUUGAAGAAAUAUUUGAUCUUACCAUGGGGGGUUCCGCAGAAUUGCAGCCUUGAUUCUCUCCAUCGCUAUGAUGCACCGGAGAGUAAUAAUCCACAUGAUUUGCAAGACUGA